UGAAGCAUUUAUGUUCAUAUUUGGUUUAGGUACAAGGAAAACUGUCGAGUGCAAUGCAUUAUGAUGUACUAUUUCAUCUAAUUUUAUGUAAUUUAGAAACAUACAUAUUCUGUCUAUGCAAGCUUUAAAGUUGUAAAGGAUAAAAAUAUCUCUUUGCAAACUCUGCCCAAAACAUGAAUGGCUUCAUUGCCCACGCGAAGUAGUGUUUUCUUUUUGUUUCUGUUAGAGAGCUGUGUGGCUUUAACUCCCAGUCGGUGAGUGAGGGCAGUUUCUGGAUGAGCAGGGGACCGAUUUUUUCACUACAGUAGUUUGAUGCUGUUGUGAGUAACGAUGGCGGGACCUUUGCUGGAGUUCGAGACCGAAAUGUUUCUGAAUCUGUUCAGCUCGGACGGGUUGCUGGUGACGGCUGAGGGACUCGGGAUAGACCGGAUCCUUCUGCAGUUCCUUCGGGUGUAUUCAGAGGAGGGGAGCCUGGUUCUGCUGCUGAACACCACCACUGCCGAGCAGGAGUACUUUAUCGAGCAGCUGCGCACAGAGGGGGUCAGUCAUCUCCCUCGGAUUGUCACCAACGAGAUCUCGAGUAGCGAGCGCUAUAAUGUCUACACACAGGGAGGGGUGCUCUUUGUCACUAGCAGAAUUCUUGUGGUGGACUUUCUCACAGACAGGAUACCCGCCAACCUCAUCACAGGUAUCCUGGUGUACAAGGCACACAAGAUCAUUGAGUCGUGUCAGGAAGCCUUCAUCCUGCGUCUUUAUCGGCAGAAGAACAAAACCGGCUUCAUCAAGGCCUUCACAGACAAUGCAGUGGCCUUCCGCUCUGGCUUCUGUCAGGUGGAGCGUGUCAUGAGGAAUCUCUUUGUGAAGAAACUCUUUCUGUGGCCAAGGUUCCACGUUGCGGUGAAUUCAUUCCUGGAGAGGCACAAACCUGAUGUGGUGGAGUUGCACGUCUCUCUGACCCCAGCCAUGACUGCCAUCCAGAUCUCUGUCCUGGACAUCAUGAACGCCUGCCUGAAGGAGCUGAAACGCUACAACCCAGCCCUGGAAGUGGAGGAAUUGUCCCUGGAGAAUGCACUGGGAAGAAGUUUCGAGAAGAUGAUCCGUCACUACCUGGACCCUCUGUGGCACCAGCUGGGCAUGAAGACCAAGUCUCUGGUUCAGGACCUGAAGAUCCUUCGCACUCUGCUGCAGUACCUCACUCAGUACGACUGUGUCACCUUCCUCAACCUGCUGGAGUCCCUCAGAACCAGCGAGAAGGCCUUUGGGCAAAACUCAGAUUGGCUCUUCCUCGACUCCAGCACCUCCAUGUUUGUUAAUUCUCGCGCUCGAGUUUACCACAUCCCAGACUCCAAAACAGGCACGAAAACUAAAGCUGGAGAGAAGAGGAUCCAGGCGGAGAAAGAACCGGAGGGGAAGAGAGAGCUGGUCUUGGAGAUCAACCCGAAGUGGGAGGCUCUGUCUGAUGUGCUGAAGGAGAUCGAGAGGGAGAACAAGAACGCAGAGGAUGGACCAGGUAGAGUUCUUAUCUGUGCCAGCGAUGACCGGACUUGCGCCCAGCUGCGGGAGUACGUGACCCACGGGGCAGAGGCUCUGCUGACCAGACUGUACAGCCGGACCUUCGGGAAAAACGAAGCGCCACCUGAGCUGAGCAAGGACAGGAGAGCUGUUGGCAAGGGCAAGGGGAAGGGCAAGGGCAAGUCAGACAAGGGACCGCAGGCCAAGAAAUCCAGAAAACAGACUGGAGGAAAACAGGGAGGAGAGCUCACCCUGACCCAGAUGUUUGGGAAACUGGAAGAAAAGGAGACAGAGGAGAGAGAGGAGUCCAAAGAGGAGAUUGAAAGCAGCAUGGAGGAGGAGGAGGGAUUGCUGCUCAACCUGCCCUCUGAUUCCUACUACGGCAUCUUGAAGGAACCGCUAACUGUCAUCCACCCACUUUUGGGCUGCAGUGACCCCUACAGCCUCACACGGGUACUGCAUGAGGUGGAGCCACGCUACGUGGUUUUGUACGAUGCAGAGCUGUCUUUCGUUCGUCAGCUGGAGGUCUACAAGGCCAGCCGUCCUGGGAAACCACUCAGGGUUUACUUUCUGAUCUAUGGGGGUUCAGUUGAGGAGCAGAGAUACCUGACAGCCUUGAGGAGAGAGAAGGAAGCCUUUGAGCAUCUCAUCAGGGAGAAAGCUGGUAUGGUGGUCCCAGAGGAAAGGGAAGGGCGUGAGGAUACGAAUCUGGACCUGAUUCGAGACCCCACCCCGGCAAACGCAUCUACAGACACGCGCAAAGCAGGUGGUCAGCAGGCAAAGACAGAGCCUGCUCGGGUCAUCGUGGACAUGCGAGAGUUCCGAAGCGAGCUGCCGGCCUUGCUGCACCGCCGCGGCCUGGACAUUGAGCCGGUCACCCUGGAGGUGGGCGAUUACAUCCUGUCUCCAGACACCUGCGUGGAGCGCAAGAGUGUCAGCGACCUGAUCGGUUCCCUCAACAGCGGCCGGCUGUACACCCAGUGCCUGUCCAUGUCCCGCUAUUACCGGCGGCCCGUGUUGCUCAUUGAAUUCGACCCAGCCAAGCCCUUCUCUCUGACAGCACGGUCAGACUUCCGCCAGGAGAUCUCCGCCAAUGACAUCACUUCCAAGCUCACCCUGCUCACCCUGCACUUCCCCCGGCUGCGGCUUCUCUGGUGCCCCUCCCCCCACGCCACGGCUGAGCUCUUUGAGGAGCUGAAGCGAAAGCAGCCGGAGCCUGAUGCCUCUGCUGCCAUGGCCAUCACUGCCGACUCGGAUACGGUGCCUGAGUCGUCCGACCUCUAUAACCCUGGUCCCCAGGACCUGCUUCUCAGGAUGCCCGGCAUCAACGCCAAGAACUGCCGGGCACUCAUGAAUGGAGCAGGUAGCCUGGCCGAGCUGGUGAACAUAAGCCAGGAGCAGCUGGCAGAGCUUCUGGGCAACGCCACCAAUGCCAGGCUGCUGUACGAGUUCAUCCACACCUCCAGCACUCAAGCAGUGCCCAAGGGCAAAAAGGAAUGGAAAGGGAAGAGGUAAUGAUGCUCUGGGGGAAUUUUACUAGGAAGUUAGAUUUUAACUGGUCUUCAGAUCAGGAUAGCACUUCCUUGGUUUGUCUGGUUCUCUUUUGGAGCCUUGCUGAGUUAAUACCGAACACACACACACACACACACACACACACACACACACACACACACACACACUCUCCUUGAAUCGCUGACUUUUUUUUAAUUGGACUGCAUCAAGAGGAGAUGGCUUUUCAUCUUGUACAAUGGCAGCUUGGCCUGCUUAAUCAAUUUGACUGUUUUGGAAAAAAAAAA